AUGAUGUCUCAUCCUACAAACACGAACAACCAAACCCUCAAUGACGAACAGAAAAAACUAAUAAUCAAACAUAUAGAAUUUACAAAACAACAAUCCAUGGCAAACCAGAAAAAUUACUCUCAUGUUCCCUGUAAAUUCUUCAAACAGGGGAACUGUCAAGCUGGUAAUACAUGUCCCUUUUCACAUUCUCUAGAUAUUAAUAAGGCAAAUUCAACUCCUUGUAAAUAUUUUAAAUUGGGUAAUUGUAAAUUCGGAAGUAAAUGUGCAAAUGCUCAUAUUUUACCCGAUGGAACAAUAAUCCAAUACAACAACAACAACAACAGACAAAGACAAAACAAGUUCAAACACAACAACAACCAACCUUCUCCUCACACCAUUUCACAACAAUAUACAAACUAUCUAAACCUAAACAACAUGAACACUCAAUACUAUACGUCCAACGCCCCUAUUUCAGAUCCGACCCCUCUCCAACAACAACAACACUUCAACAGAUCAACAUCGUACUCCAUGGAGAGAAACCAAACAAAUUAUCCACUGCAUCCAUUCGUCGUGUUUUCAAGUAAGGCUCCACCACCAUCACAAACACAAACACAAAAUUCAGCAUCCACUUACAACUAUACAUCUUCCCUAUACUCAGCAUUAGGUGAUCCCUCGAAUACAAAUACAAAUAAUAACUACAUAUAUAAUGCACCAACUUCAAACUCAAACUCAAACUAUAACAACAUUAACUGGUCUCUAAGCAAUAACCUACUAAAUAUGAAAAUUACCGAUGACGUCAUCGAAGAUACAAUCCCCAAAAAUAACCAAUGGUAUACUAAUAACAACCAGAACCACGACUUGGAUAUGAUACAAGAUGAUGAUCAGAAUCUAGACGACGACGACGAAGACGCAGAUUUCAAAUACUAUUCAAGAGAAACAAGAAUUAUCUUGGAUGACAUGAAAUCUUAA